AUGGGGUGUGGAGGAUCAACGUCUACAAAAACCGAUGAUGGUCAUGAAAAACCCGGGGGAAGGGAUAGUCAUGAGAAGCCAAAAGGAAAGGGGGUCGACAGUAAACCUAAGGAAAAGGAGGAGGACUAUUUGAGAGAACCAGAAAAUGACUCGGUAGAUUUAGAGGACAUAGUAGUGGGGUACCCGCCACCAAAACCAAGUUCUAACAGAAAAGAACAUAUAUUUACAGAACAAGAUAAAAAUACUGCGGAUGAAAGAGCAAAUCAGAUAAAAGUUGAGGAUUAUCAGACCCUUGAUGACAUAGCACGUGCUCUGACGGAAGGAUUAACAAAUGACGUGCAAAAAGUGCGAGCAAUCUUCACCUGGAUUGGUUUACAAGGGUCAAAAGGAAACAAAUCGAGUAAAAACGACAAUAAAAGCCAAGAUGUAACUUCACCCAAAACCAUUAUACAACAAGUUAUACAAAGAAAACUCUCGUUCAAUUUCUUAUUUAUUAGCCUAUGUAGGGCUGCCAAAAUUCCGUCUGUACUUAUACGUGGACUUGGGAAGAGCGUGUCCUACGAGGUAGGUGACAAAAAUGUUGACAAUCUGAACAACUCAUGGACAGCAGUAUUUGUAGCUGGAGGGUGGCACUUUGUGUUUCCACUUUGGGCUUUCUCAGCAGUGGUUGGUCACUCAAAGGGUACAUGGACUCUAGUAGAAACCCAAGGAAAAGGUGCAAGAGAUAAAGAAGAAAAAUCAUCAGGUCAAACAAUCAGCCAUAUAAACGACUAUUUCUUCUUCACGGAGGCAGAAGAGUUCAUCUAUAUAUGUUUUCCCCUUGACUCAAAAUGGCAGUUGCUUACAAAGCCAUUUACCAAACAGGACUUUAUAGAUAUCGCAUAUUGUACACAAAACUAUUUUGAGAAUCACCAUAAAAUUACAACACCGACUAAAUGUAUCUAUGCGUCUGUUGGUGGUGUAUGCGAUAUUGGGAUAAAAAAUUUAGACAAGGAGGAAUGUUCUUACGUAUACAAGCUGUAUUUUAAUCACGAGGAAUCAAAGACAACCCUGUCUUCAGAAAUACAGCUUGAGAGAUACGUUGCCGUAUUCAAUGAAGGGCCUUCUAUGAGGUUUCGUGUUCGGUUUCCCAGUGAAGGUAUUUAUAAGAUGGAGAUCUAUGGUGACUAUUCGCUUUUGUGUGAAUUUAAACUUGAAUGUAACGAGGAUGUAAACGAUGUAAAACCAUUUCCCUGUAAUCCAGAGUCUGGAUUUGGUCCCAAUUCUCUAACAGAAGAAGCAGGGCUCCAAGCACAGUCUCAUAAGACUGGAUUCAUCAAUAUCAAACAGACGAAGAAUUUCAGUAUGAAAUUUAACAUUACAAAGAAUGUGUUAGUGCAAACAAUUUUGUUACACAAUAAUAUGGAACAACAGACGCUGAAAAAACACGUGAAUCAUAAGAUAAAAGGUCAGGAGCUGGAUAUCAAUGUGAAUUUGCCUCAAAAAGGAGAAUAUGCUCUUCAGAUCAACACAAAGGACAAAGAUUCUGGUGGUUCAUUUAAGAAUGCCUGUAACUACCUUUUGACCUCAGAAAACAUGAACAAAAAACGGAGGCCUUACGAGAAUGCGAUCGAAAAAAGAACUAGGAAGGCAUUACAAGAUACCACAUCUUCCAAUGAUAUAAGUGCUCUCCAAAAGGCUCUUGAUGAGUUCGAUAAGAUUGAUCUGGAAGACAAAGGAGAUCGCCAAAAGGCAGAAGAAAGAUUGACAUAUUUGAGCCUGCGUAAAGAACUGAAAGACGCAAUUGCAAGAAGGCAUGGCGAGAAACUAGAAGAAGCAAUAGAAAAUGCGAAAUCGUCCGAGUAUGUGUCCGAUCUUAAGAAACUGAUUGAAGAAGCAGAUGAUUUGUUAUCACAGCUUCGAAGGCUGAAGAGAUUUGCUCACGAGGUUCUGAAAAUGCAACAGCCAACUAUAUCUGAAAUCCACAACUAUAAACACCCAAAACCUAUGGCUUAUGAUGUCAUGAAAGCUACAUACAUCCUUCUAGGGGAGGAGGAAAGGCGUGUUGAGGAAUGGGAACAGAUACAGGCGUUGAUGCGCAAGACGGGAAAAGAAGGGCUGCUAAGGCGCGUGCGUCUGUUUGACACUGUCCACUUGACCGAGAACAUGAUAAAUCACUCCUCUCAGAUACUCCGACCAUACGACGAAGAGAGGAUACGAGCUUCCAGUGCGGGCCUCGGAACAUUUUACAAAUGGGCGACGGAUGUAAUUGAAGAAAUAAGAAAAUCAGAAAAUUCUUCGAGAGAUCGAGAAGUCCAGGAAAAUGUAACCAAAAGAAAAAUAUAG